AUGCCCGGGCCCCUCGGGGCUGCCGGCGGCCUGGCCCCUGCGAUGCGCGGGGCAGGGGCGGCGGGGCUCCUGGCGCUGCUGCUGCUGCCGCUGCUGGGCCCGGGCGGCGGGGCCGAGGGGGGGCCGACCGGCGAGCGCGGCGCCGGCGGGGGCGGGGCGCUGGCCCGCGAGCGCUUCAAGGUGGUCUUCGCGCCGGUGAUCUGCAAGCGGACCUGCCUCAAGGGCCAGUGUCGGGACAGUUGUCAGCAGGGCUCCAACAUGACGCUCAUCGGAGAGAACGGCCACAGCACCGACACGCUCACGGGCUCCGGUUUCCGCGUGGUGGUCUGUCCUCUGCCCUGCAUGAAUGGCGGCCAGUGCUCUUCCCGAAACCAGUGCCUGUGCCCUCCAGACUUCACAGGCCGCUUCUGCCAGGUGCCCGCUGGAGGAGGCGCGGCCGCGGGCACCAUUGGCUCCGGCCCCGGGCCGGGCCGGGCCGGCCCCCUGUCUACAGGUGCACUAGCUCCGGAGGGUGACUCGGUGGCCAGCAAGCACGCCAUCUAUGCCGUGCAGGUGAUUGCCGACCCUCCUGGACAGGGGGACGGACCCCCGGCCCAGCACGCCGCCUUCCUGGUGCCCCUGGGGCCAGGACAGCUCUCAGCAGAAGUGCAGGCCCCGCCCCCCGUGGUGAACGUGCGUGUCCACCACCCGCCGGAGGCCUCUGUCCAGGUACACCGCAUCGAGGGGCCCAACGCCGAGGGCCCGGCUCCCAUCCAGCACCUGCUGCCUCACCCCAAGCCCCUGCACCCGCGGCCACCUACCCAGAAGCCCCUGGGCCGCUGCUUCCAGGACACGCUGCCCAAGCAGCCGUGUGGCAGCAACCCCCUGCCAGGCCUCACCAAGCAGGAAGACUGCUGCGGCAGCAUCGGCACAGCCUGGGGUCAGAGCAAGUGCCACAAGUGUCCCCAGCUGCAGUACACCGGGGUGCAGAAGCCAGGACCUGUACGUGGGGAGGUGGGUGCUGACUGUCCCCAGGGCUACAAAAGGCUCAACAGCACCCACUGCCAGGACAUCAACGAGUGCGCAAUGCCCGGCAUGUGUCGCCAUGGUGACUGCCUCAACAGCCCCGGCUCUUACCGCUGCGUCUGUCCACCCGGCCAUAGCUUGGGCCCCUCCCGCACGCAGUGCAUUGCAGACAAACCAGAGGAGAAGAGCCUGUGCUUCCGCAUGGUGAGCCCCGAGUACCAGUGCCAGCACCCCCUGACCACGCGCCUCACCCGCCAGCUCUGCUGUUGCAGUGUGGGCAAGGCCUGGGGCACACGGUGCCAGCGCUGCCCUGCAGAUGGCACUGCUGCCUUCAAGGAGAUCUGCCCCGCGGGGAAGGGCUACCACAUCCUCACCUCCCACCAGACACUCACCAUCCAGGGCGAAAGCGAUUUUUCUCUUUUCCUGCAUCCAGAUGGGCCACCCAAACUCCAGCAGCCCCCUGAAAGCCCCAGCCGGGCACCAUCCCCUCAGGACACAGAGGAAGAGAGAGGGGUGACCACGGAUCCACCAGUGAGUGAGGAGCGAUCAGCGCAGCAGAGCCACUCCAUUGCCACCACCACGCCUGCCCGGCCUUUCCCGGAGUUGAUCUCCCGCCCCUCACCACCUACUAUGCACCGGUUCCUGCCAGACCUGCCUCCUUCCCGAAGCGCCGUGGAGAUUGCCCCGACCCAGGUCACUGAGACCGAUGAGUGCCGGCUGAACCAGAACAUCUGCGGGCACGGCGAGUGCAUCCCGGGCCCCUCUGACUACUCCUGCCACUGCAACCCGGGCUACCGCUCGCAUCCCCAGCACCGCUACUGCGUGGACGUGAACGAGUGCGAGGCGGAGCCCUGCGGCCUGGGCCGCGGCAGCUGCCUGAACACCGCCGGCUCCUACAACUGCCACUGCAACCGCGGCUACCGGCUGCACGUGGGCGCCGGGGGGCGCUCGUGCGUGGACCUGAACGAGUGCGCCAAGCCCCACGUGUGCGGCGACGGCGGCUUCUGCAUCAACUACCCCGGGCACUACAAAUGCAGCUGCUAUUACGGCUACCGGCUCAAAGCCUCGCGGCAACCCUUGUGCGAAGACGUCGACGAAUGCCGGGACCCGAACUCCUGUCCCGAUGGCAAAUGCGAGAACAGUCCUGGGAGCUUCAAGUGCAUUGCCUGUCAGCCGGGCUACCGCAGCCAGGGGGGCGGAGUCUGCCGCGACAUCAACGAGUGUGCAGAGAGCAGCCCUUGCACACCUGGAUGGUGUGAGAACCUCCCGGGCUCCUUCCGUUGCACGUGCGCCCAGGGUUAUGCGCCUGGGCCUGAUGGUCACAGUUGCCUGGAUGUGGACGAGUGCGAAGCUGGGGACGUGUGUGACAAUGGCAUGUGUACCAACACGCCGGGCUCCUUUCAGUGUCAGUGCCCCUCUGGCUACCAUCUGUCAAGGGACCGGAACCACUGCGAAGACAUUGACGAGUGUGACUUCCCUGCGGCCUGCAUUGGGGGUGACUGCAUCAACAUCAACGGCUCCUACAGAUGCCUCUGCCCCCAGGGGUACCGGCUGGUGGGUGGCAGGAAGUGCCAAGACAUAGAUGAGUGCAGUCAGGACCCUGGCCUGUGCCUGCCCCACGGAGCCUGUGAGAACCUGCAGGGCUCCUACGUUUGUGUCUGCCAGGAGGGCUUCACACCCACCCAGGACCAGCAUGGCUGUGAAGAGGUGGAGCAACCCCACCAUAAGAAGGAGUGUUACCUUAACUUCGAUGAUACCGUGUUCUGCGAUAGCGUGUUGGCCACCAAUGUCACCCAACAAGAGUGCUGCUGCUCGCUGGGCGCUGGCUGGGGAGACCACUGUGAAAUCUACCCCUGUCCAGUUUACAGCUCAGCCGAAUUUCAUAGUCUAUGUCCAGAUGGAAAGGGCUACACGCAGGACAACAACAUUGUCAACUAUGGCAUCCCGGCCCACCGUGAUAUUGACGAGUGCGUGUUGUUCGGGGCGGAGAUCUGCAAGGAGGGCAAGUGCGUGAACACGCAGCCCGGCUACGAGUGCUACUGCAAGCAGGGCUUCUACUACGACGGGAACCUGCUGGAGUGCGUGGAGCACGGUCCGGAGCGGCGCGAAGUGUGCUGGAGCCAGCGCGGCGAGGACGGCAUGUGCGUGGGGCCGCUCGCGGGGCCUGCCCUCACCUUCGACGACUGCUGCUGUCGCCAGGGCCGGGGCUGGGGCACCCAGUGCCGUCCGUGCCCACCGCGAAGCGCGGCGUCCCAGGCCCAGUGCCCGUCGCAGAGCGAGAGCAAUUCUUUCUGGGACACGAGCCCCCUGCUUCUGGAGAAGCCGCCGAGAGAUGAGGACAGCUCGGAGGAGGACUCGGACGAGUGCCGCUGCGUGAGCGGGCGCUGCGUGCCUCGGCCCGGCGGCGCCGUGUGCGAGUGUCCGGGCGGCUUCCAGCUGGACGCGUCCCGCGCCCGCUGUGUGGACAUUGACGAGUGCCGAGAGCUGAACCAGCGUGGGCUUCUGUGCAAGAGCGAGCGCUGCGUGAACACCAGCGGUUCCUUCCGCUGCGUCUGCAAAGCUGGCUACGUGCGCAGCCGCCCGCACGGGACCUGUGUGCCCCAGCGCCGCCGCUGACGCCCGCUUCGGCCUCACCUCCGAGACUGACAAUGGGUGGGGAGAGAGAGCUUGGUGUCUUGCUCUGGUCUAAACUUGAGACACAGACCCCGGGACCUUCUGGGGCCCACAGACCUCUUCCUGCACCCUAACACCAGAGGUGCUCAGAGCAGGCCGCCCAGGCCAUGAGCUGUUGGGUCUCCAGGGCACUU